AUGUCACCAUUUCGCACUCGUCUGUUGAACUUCUCGAUUUCCGCUCUUCCAAUUUCGCAGGUAUAUUUUCUUGAAUUUCUGUCUGAAAAUUCGGAGUUUCCAGGAACAAGAAAACCCCUCAUUUGAUCAUGUUUUUGAAGAUCCCAAAGUAAUAGUGCCGUCUUUUGAUUUGAGUCGGCGGGUGGGAAACAUUUUCAGUCAGACUCUCUACGGUAUCGCUUUUGAAAGAAGUUUCACCGUCGAAGGACUUGUAAGGGGAGCAAAUCAGGUUUUCAAUGACGUUGUAAAGCCUGUAAAGACAACUUUGAAGGGCCUGAAAAAUGUUUCAACUCUUUUUUUGGAACGAAAGUGGGAUAAAAUGGAGCAAAUUAUGGUCAAAGAUCUUAUCGAAGAAUUAAAAAUUUCAAGAGAACGGUAUGAAAUUUAUGGAAUUUUCUUCCAAUUAUUUUUUUUUCAGAAUCAGCCCGGAAUUAGAAAAGGCGCUCGACUUCAAAGAGGAGAACUUUCUGAUCUCAUUCGUCCACUCAACUUUUAUUGCUGGAAGCAAAAUGUUCAAAUGUGAGUUCAUUUCUUUUUUUUCGCAGAAGGUGUUUUUCUCAAAAGAAAAAACGUUCUAGUGAGCUCAAGCAAGAACAUCAGCAUGUACGCCACGAUCGUGUCUUAUGUGCGUUUAUCUCCGGAUGUUCCAGAAGACGCGUCAGUUUCCCAGCUUACUGGAGAGUACAAGGGAAAAGUUCUUAUUUGCAAUGUCACGUAUGUUCUUUUUUUUCUGGAAAAAAUCGAGGAAUUUAAUCAUUUUUAGAUAUGGAAGAGUUUUGAAUCCGAUGGGUUUAUGGAAAAUCACUGGUAUUAAUUACUUCAUCUAA